CACAAGAAUGCAAUCGUGCUCGUGGCGGGUGCGCUGUGGUGCGAGCAAUACAGCAGCGCCCAUGCGCGGUGCGGUCUUGAAGCGCUGCUUGCUGGCAGCCGUGUCUGAGAGCAAGAACAUUCGGCUCAUUGUCACGGAUGUUGACGGCACGCUACUCGACUCAUCUCAGCAGCUUUCACCAAGGGUCGAGGCUGCCGUGAAAGAGGCCCGCGCUCAUGGUGUGCCGUUAGUGAUUGCCACGGGCAAGGCACGGGGCCCUUGGACUGCCGACGUGCUGUUGGGCCUGCAGCUGGACACGCCGGGUGUGUUCAUGCAGGGGCUGAUUGUGUACGACGACCAGGGCAGGGUGCUGCACGAACGCCGGCUGUGCGAGGAUGUGGCGCGGGAUUGCAUCACACUGGCGGCGGACGUGGGCGUCACGCUGACGGCCUACUGCGGCGACCGGAUCCUGUGCGCCGCCACGGAUGUCCACACGGACCGCCUGCUGUUCUACAAGGAGCCGCCGCCCGAGCCGGUGGGCGACCUGGCGGCAGCGCUAGGCGGCGGUGGCGUGCCAGUGCACAAGAUGAUCUUCAUGGCGGAUCAGGACCGCAUCGACGCGCUGCGCCCAGCCGCUGAGGCGCUACUUGACGGCCGCGCCAGCCUCACCACCGCCCUCACCGGCAUGUUGGAGGUGCUGCCGCUGGGUGGCUCCAAGGGCGCGGGGCUGUCCUGGCUGCUGGACUGGCUGGGCGUGGCGCCGGAGCAGGUGCUGGCGCUGGGUGACGGCGAGAACGACGUGGAGAUGCUGCAGCUGGCAGGGUUGGGUGUGGCGAUGGGCAACGCCGGUCCCAAGGCUCGGGCGGCCGCCGACGUGGUGCUGGCGGCCACCAACGACCAGGACGGUGUAGCGGAGGCCAUCCAGCGCUUCGUGCUGGAGCCCGCAAGGCAGAGGCGGCAGCAGCAAGGACAUGUGCUAAUGUCCUAGCCUGAUACAGGCAUGCAGUGUCGUAGGCGCCUUUUUGGACGGUGACGAGCAUAGGCGCGCAGUUCCGAGGUCCACCCAAGCACAGGGAGUACCGUCUGGGUGAACACUGGCUGCAUUGGCGGCCGUUGUAUGUGUUAUACUAGUCGCAUUCCGAAGAAUUCAUACAGUCUUCCAGAUUGCCUGCGUAGUCCUCGGAUAUGGUGGAUAUACCUUUGCAUUUUAAGGGCUGAGCCCCCGGAGCGCAGCGCCUGAGGGACACCCCGAUUCGUGGCUGGCUGGCUGCUCGUCUAUCUGGGCUGAUCUGGGGUCGAAAUUUGAGAUGGGCGUGGCGAUGCCGUGGCGUGACACGAUCACGCCAAAGUGCGCAGAAAUGAGCAUAUCCCUUUCUACACAUGCUAUGCAUAUGACAUCAUUGCUAUGAAGUGCACCGUAGAGCACUGUGAGGCUGCGUGGACCGGCAGUUCCGCGACCAGCCCGACGACCGGUACUCCCACGGACAACGCCUUCUUGUUAAGGGUUAAGGUUAAA